CUCACCCUGAGGUGGCCCCGGCUCCAACUCUUUCCUCCUGCAGGUGAGGGACUCUCCAGGCUCCGUGCUGGCUUCCAGGAAUUCCCGGGAGCCGAUUCCCAAAGGGAAUGUUGUGUGCCCAGAUCCUUGUCCUGGCGGUGGCCGCGGGGCCGCUCCGAGCCGGGGCCGUCCAUGAGGCCUGCAGGACAGCGGAGGCGGCCGAGGUUCUGUUCCUGGUGGGGCACUCGCAGGGUGUGGGGAAGGAGAGCUCACGGCUGCUCCGGGAGUUCAUCGGGAACGCCGCCAGAUCCUUCGGGAACCUUCCAGAUCCUUCCAUGGAGACGGGAAGAGGAGGAGUCCGGCUGGGGCUGGCUGUCUAUGGGGACACAGCGAGGAUGAGUGUUGAGCUCACGGAUUACGUCACCAUCAAAGGAAUGCUGGAUGCAGUUCAGGACCUCUCCUUCAGAGGCAGCAGCCUCCAAACAGGCUCAGCCCUGGCUUUUGCAGCUCAGGCCUUGUCCCACCAGGACACCCUGAGAGAGGAGGCAGCCAAGGUGCUGGUUCUGAUCACGGACGGGAGAUCCAGCGAUUCCGUGGAGGAGGGAGCGCGGAUCCUGCAGGACCAGGGGGUGACAGUGUUUGCCGUGGGGAUCAAGGAUGCCGACAGGAGCGAGUUGGGCAGGAUUGCCUCAGAUCCCACUGCGGAGCACCUGCUCUACGUGGAGGAUUUCCAGCUGCUCCCAGAUGUGGCUCCCAAACUCUCCCGGAGGCUCUGCUUCACCGCCUCGGAGCCGCCGCGUCCUGUCAGGCAGAGGGUGCGAGCUGAGCCGACCCUGGGCCCUCGGGAGCUGCGUGUCACCGAGCACAGCCACAGCUCCCUGAGGCUCUCGUGGGUGGCAGCCACGGGCAGGGUGACAGGGUACCGCGUCCAAGCCCACCCCGCGCUGCCGCCGGGGCAGCCGGAGCCGGAGCACCAGCGGCAGGUGGAGGUGGACGGGGACACAACCACGGCGCUGGUGACAGAGCUGAAGCCCAGCACCAAGUACGUGCUGACGGUGAGGGCCAGCUACGGAGGGACCCUCGGGGAGCCGGCCCAGACCAGAGGGAAAACGACUCCCGUGCCUCCGGUCACCAAUUUCCGUGUGGUAGAAGAGGGAAUUUUCAGCCUGAAGGUGGCUUGGACUCCUCCCCUGGGCAAACUGGAGGGCUAUAAGAUCUACAUCCCCAGGGCCAACAAGCCCGGGAUGACCCUGGAGCAGAUCCUGCGGGGCGACGUCUCUUCCCACCUGCUGGAAAACCUGCAGGAGGACAGGGAAUACAGCAUCAGCAUCUACGCCGUGCACCCCGAGGGCCCCAGCCAGCCCGUGGCUGCCCUGGGGAGGACACUGAAGCUCCUGCCUGUGGAAAACCUUUGGCUGCAGAACGAGACCACGGACACGAUCCAGGCACGGUGGAGCCCUGUCCGGGGAGCAACGGGAUACAGGCUCACCUGGACAUCAGCAGAGGGCAGCGUCCAGGACGUGACCCUCGGCAGCUCCUACAGCUACUACAUGAUCCAGGGGCUGGAGGCGGGCACGGAGCACACGGUGACCAUCAACCCCAUCUUCGGGGACGUCGAGGGGCCAGUGGUGACCGGCAGGGCCACCACAGUGGCAUCCAGCACGGUGCAGAUGCUGAAGGUGAGCGAGAUUUCCAUCAACAGCCUCCUGGUGUCCUGGGAUUCGGUCGUGGGAGCCACCGGGUACAGGGUGGCCUGGGGACCGACGCCAGAAUUCUUCGGCAAGGACCGUCCCCGUCACCUGGCCCUCAACAAGUCAGUGACGUCCCACCAGCUCCGCAGCCUGGCCCCCGACACCGAGUACGUGAUUUCUCUGUCCGUGCUCUUCGGCUCCGGGGAGGGCCCCGGGAUCACCACCUCAGCCAGGACGGCUCCUCUGGGAUCUGUCUCCAACUUCAAGGUGAUGUCCCACACCAGCACCAGCCUGUCCUUGGCCUGGAGUGCCACAGCCGCUGCCACCAAAUUCAAACUCACCUGGAGCCCCGUGGGAGCAGGCAAAGGAAAACAGGUUGCCAGGACUCGUUACCUGGGCAGCAGAGUGCUGGCCCAUCGGAUUGAGCACCUGGUGCCCGACACCCUGUACAGGAUCAGUGUCCGGGCUGUGUUCAGCAGGACCGAGGGGCCGGAGGUGAUCCUGACUCACCACACAGCUCCUUCUGGAGAUUCCAACCCCGUCCCGACCAUCCAGGACCUGAGGGUUACCGACACUGGUGUAGACACUUUGAAGCUGGCUUGGAAAAGGCUUCCUGGGAUAAGUCACUACAAGAUAUCCUGGGAGCCACCCAAUGGUGACUCGGAAUCCUCCCAGCUGCUCCCGGCAGACGCCGUUUCCUUCGCCAUUCCCAAACUGAAGGACAACACCCCCUACACCAUCUCCGUGUCUGCAGUGGCAAAGGGACAGGAGGGGAACCCCACGGUCCUCACGGCCAAGACCUCGGAUUUUCCCAAAGUGACGGAAUUCACCGUGCAGGAGGCCGCGGAUUCCAGCAUUCUGUUGUCCUGGGAUGCUGUUCCCGGAGCGUCCCUGUAUUUACUGACGUGGGGAUUGUCCUCAGCUCCCGCUCUUUCCCAGGAAUUGUUACCGGCAGCUUCCCGAUCCCAUCGAGUGACAGGGCUGAGCUCCAAGGAAAUGUAUUUGUUUUCCAUAAAACCAAUGUUUGGAGACUUGGAGGGACCGGAGACAACGCUCCUCGGACAAACGGCAGGAGAUCCUGGGGCGUCACCAACUGCUCCAGUGGCUCCUACACCGUUGGAUUGGAGGAAAUCUCCAUCGGGAUCUCCCGGCAGUGCGGGGACCACUCCCCUCCCAGUGCCCACCAGUAUGAAAUUCCCAGAGCCCCCAGUAUGGACCAGCAAGGUGUCGGCACCGCCGACAGCCCUGCCUGGGCCAAUUUGUGGGAAGCUCAAGGCAGACGUUGGGUUCCUGGUGGAUGAAUCCUCGAGUAUCGGCCAGAGCAACUUCAAUAAAGUGAAGGAUUUCCUCUUCCGGAUCGUUUCCUAUUUCCCCAAGAUCGGGCCUGAAGGGACACAGGUUGCUGUUGCUCAGUACAGCGAGGAGCCCAGGGCAGCUUUCCACUUCAACCAACACCGCGACCGCAACGGAGCCCUCAGAGCCAUCAGAGGGCUGAGCUACACCGGAGGCGACACCAAAACAGGCCACGCCAUCUCCUACGUGCUAAGGGAAUUAUUCCAGCCCUCCAGAGGGAUGAGACCGGGUUUUCCUCACAUCCUGGUGCUCGUGACCGAUGGACAAUCCCAGGAUGACGUGUUGUCCCCAGCCAGAGCAGCCCAUGCUUUGGGGCUCCGUGUCAUUGCCGUGGGGGUGUCAGGAGCUGACCCCAUGGAGCUCCACAGGAUCCUGCUGCAGCAGAAUUCCCAAAACGUUUUCUACGUCCGCACCUUCGACGACUUCCCCCAAAUCCUCCAGGAGUUGAUAGAAGCCGUUUGUUCUGAUCCUCAGCUCCCAGGAACCCAAAUCCCACCAGGAGAGAGCUCCAGGGGCUCGGCAGCUCACAGGGGUUAUGACCUCCACAGCUUCACUACAAAGGGAGAGAAAGGGGAGCGGGGUCUCCCUGGGAAGGACGGCAUUCCCGGGCUGCCGGGCAGGCCGGGCCGGCCGGGUCCUCCAGGUCCCCCUGGAAUCAUGGGGCUCCCUGGCAGCCAAGGUGACAUCGGAUCUCCGGGCUAUCCAGGACCAGCAGGGCCAAAAGGAGACAGAGGAGAGCCAGGCUAUGUCCUGGGAGGAGUGGAGGUGAUUCCCGGCCGGAAUGGGCAGCCUGGCCCCCCUGGACAGAAGGGGCAGCCGGGGGUUCCCGGGGUUCCGGGACCACCAGGUUCUCCAGGGCCACCAGGAAUCUCCGUCAAGGGUGAAACAGGGGAUUCAGGGAUCAGGGGUCCCCGGGGCAGGAGCGGCCUCAAAGGUGACAGAGGGGACAGGGGAGAGCCGGGAAAACCUGGCUUGCCAGGCCCUGUGGGGCUCCCUGGGCCUCCUGGACUGCCUGGACCACGUGGAGAAAAGGGAAUGGCAGGAAUUGGUGUUCCUGGCACUGCUGGCAUGAAGGGGGAAGAAGGAGAGCAGGGAAUGAUGGGGCCUCCAGGAGCACCAGGACCAAAGGGAAUUCCAGGACCUCCAGGGCAGAAGGGAGACGAAGGAAAUCCAGGAUUUCCAGGUGCUCCAGCCUUGGAGGUUUUGGGACCUCCAGGCAAGAAAGGUGUCAGGGGAGAUCCUGGACCAGCUGGACGACAAGGAGACAAAGGAAUCCCAGGAGAAAAAGGGGAGAAGGGAAGCCCAGGAUUUGGAAUUCCUGGCCAGCCUGGGCUAAAGGGAGACAUCGGUGACAGAGGAAACGUGGGAUUGUCUGGGAAGCCGGGUCAGAAGGGGGAGAGAGGUGAACCAGGAUUCCCUGGAAAACCAGGAGAGGCUGGGCUGAGAGGAAAAGAUGGAGAAGCUGGAGUCCCUGGAGAGCCAGGAGUGAGAGGAAUCAGGGGUCCUCCUGGACUCCCAGGACGACCUGGAGAGCAAGGAAUGAAAGGAGAUCCAGGAGAACCUGGGAAGGAUGGAGAUCCCGGGAAGGACGGCCUGAGAGGUGAAAGAGGCCCCCCAGGCCCAAAGGGAGAACCUGGCCCACCAGGAAAAGGAGUGGAAAUGAAGGACCUGGAGAGGCUUUUUGAAGAGUACGGGAUCAAGCUGGCGCUGCUGAGGGACCUCUCCAAGGCGAUCCUGCGGGAUGGGCUGGAUGGGCUCCUAUGGCGCCCGGGUGGCUCCAGGACGAGCGAAACUUCCAGGGAAAACCAGGCAGCCGUGCCUGUCACCGAUCCGCCAGAUUCCAACACUUCCCACCGUGUCCCGGCCGGCACCGAGGCGGCAGGAGAAGGACAGAGCCUGGAGAUGGAGGGUCUGGAGGUGCCUCUGUCUGGAGGAUCCCCUGAGAGCUUGGCUGUGCCCCCACCACAUCCAGGAGAUCUGCAGGAAAACCAUUCCCUGGAUCUCCUCCAGCCCUGGGAGGAGAGGCUGGAAGGACACUCGCAGCAGGACAGCAGCCAGGAUUUUAUGAAAUCGCGGAAUGGGGUGGGAAAGGUCCUAAAUCCCAUCCAGUUCCAUGGGCAGGGACACCUUCCGCUAUCCCAGGAAAACGGGAAUUCCGACGACGGCUCCGCGAUCCCGCGGCACAGAUCCAGGAGAUCUCCCGGGCAUGAGGGACACCCCGUAGGGAUCCCAUUCCAGAGCCAUCCCUGUGAUCCGGGAGGAAGCAGGGCCCCUUCCCUGGAGGCUCCAUCCCCGCCUCAUCCCCCCGGUGCUCCGGGAGCUCCGAAAUUCCCGUCGGGAUCCGCGGCAUAUCCAGGCCCUCAUCAUCCGAGGAGAAUUAAGAAGGAGGGAAGUGUCCCGGCAGAUCCCUCCUCCCGUGGCCCAAAGGGAGAAAUGGGAGCUCCUGGAGCCCGCGGAGAGAAAGGAGAAAAGGGGCAGCCUGGGGACGUGGGAGAACCUGGAGAGAAGGGCACCAAAGGAGACCGAGGGGAAGAAGGUCAAAAGGGAGAACCAGGAAUUGGGUUCAGAGGUCCCGUUGGCCAGGCUGGGCCACCUGGACUUAAGGGCGAGCCAGGGGCCCCGGGACCUCCAGGAGCGCAGGGAAUCCAAGGAAUUCGCGGCAACGCCGGCACUCCCGGAUCCCAGGGGGACAGAGGAGCUCCAGGUGUGCCCGGAAUUCCAGGACAGAAGGGAGAACGUGGGAGGAGAGGCCGGAGUGGAUUUCCUGGGCCCGUGGGACCAUCGGGAUCCCCAGGAGAAGAGGGAAUUCCUGGGACACCUGGACCCAAAGGCAACAAGGGAGACGCCGGCGUUGGAGCCGCUGGCCCGAGAGGUCCCCGUGGAUUCCCUGGGCCUCGGGGUGACGAGGGCAUCGUGGGAAUGCGGGGUCCCCCUGGAAUGAUGGGUCCCAAAGGCUUCCCAGGCGUGAAAGGCCAAAGAGGUGAUCGGGGUCUUCUGGGACCAAAGGGAGAACGAGGUGAGUCCAUGACUAUUUUUGGACCUCAAGGCUACAAAGGCACCAAAGGAGAUCCCGGUGAGCAGGGACUGCCAGGUUUUGAUGGAGACAAAGGCGAGAAGGGAGAGGACGGACCCGUGGGAGAAAAGGGAAUCAAAGGAGAAGCUGGAUCCAAGGGAAUGAUGGGACUUUUCGGGAGCAGAGGACCUGUGGGACAGAAGGGGGAGCCAGGAGAACCGAGCUCGCCGGGAUCUGCCGGUGCAGCAGGACUCGAUGGGAAGAACGGGAUCAAGGGGGCCAAAGGUGACAGAGGCCUUCAGGGACAGAAGGGGAAGCCGGGAGGGAAAGGUGACCCUGGGACCACCGGUGACACCGGGCAGAAAGGGACAAAGGGAUUGCGGGGGCUUCCAGGCCGGACGGGCGCUCCCGGAGCCAAAGGCGCCAAGGGAGAAACUGGCAGUCCCGGAAAACCGGGAAUUCCGGGAUCGAAUGGACAACGUGGACCAAAGGGCGAACCAGGAGCCUCAGGGAGCGACGGCGCCUCGGGAAUUCCUGGGGAGAAAGGAGAAAAGGGAUCCAAGGGAGUUCCUGGACUGGGAGGAUUCAAAGGACAGGCGGGAUGGCCUGGGGAGCCCGGAGGGGCCGGAGCGGCGGGACCUCGAGGGCCACCGGGAGAGCCAGGCCCACCGGGGCCUCCAGGGAAAAGAGGGAGAUCCCAGCUCGGCCUCCCGGGAUCCCCGGGCAUGGACGGGCUGAAAGGAGAAGUGGGGGAGAACGGUCCCGCCGGGCAGAAGGGAGCCAAGGGGGAGCCGGGCCUUUCCGAGGAAGAGGUGAAGGAAGUGCUCCGGAGCGAAAUGAGAGGGAUUUGUGGUUGUGGAGGUGAGUUGGGAAGGAUGUCCAUGGAAAAGGGUCUGGAGGCGGCUGAAGUCCACAGGCGGCUCCAAGGGUAUUCCCAGCCUCGGGAAUACAGCGGGAAUUGGGAAGAAAUUGGCACAGCUCACGGCAAGACCACGCUGGAGACUCCGGUGGAGCCCUCCAUGGAGCCCCCUCCGCUCGCUGCAGCCCGGGUGCUGCAGACAACGGGAAUCUCUCAGCCAGGAGAAGCCGACGGCCAAUUACCAGCCGUGUGCCUGCAGCCCAUGGACGAGGGCUCCUGCCAGCGCCAUUCCCUGCUCUGGUACUUCCACGGCCCCACAAACUCCUGCCGGCCCUUCCUGUUUGGGGGCUGCCGCGGGAACGGGAACCGCUUCCCAUCCCGGCGGGAAUGCGAGCGCCGCUGCCGGAGCGCCACAGGUGAGGCUGGGCCCUCCAGAUUCCCGAAUUCCUGCAGCCAGGAGCGAGGCCAGAGCGGGAAAACCCAUCCGGGAUUUGCCCACUCCCAUUUCCUGAAGGUGCCCCACUGGGAAGGGCCAGGGAGUCGCGGGGUUUUCUUCCCAUUCCCAGGUCAUUCCCAGGAGCUCCUGGACAUCCUUGGGGCAAUUCCAUGGGUGGGAAUGCAUGGAUGUUGCAUGGAUCCACAUCCUGAUAUUUGGAACAUCUUUUGUGCUUUCCAAGGAGUGAAAUUGGCAGGAAUUUGGGGAUUUGUGCCCUCAAAACCCUGGAAUGUUCCAUCCAAGCACCCUCCGGCAUCUCCGGCCUCCAGGCAGAACCUGAAGUUUAAUCUGGACCAGUUUAGGCCUGGAUUAAAUCCCCAGGGUUGGGGUCUCACCUCAUCCAGGGGUUCAGUGGGAAAAACUCCUGGAAGCACAGCUUGGGUUCCAGGAGUUUGGGAUUAGUUUGGGAUCGCCAGAUCCAGGGGUUUGGGAUCGGUUUGGGAUCGCCAGAUCUAGGAGUUUGGGAUCGGUUUGUGUGGAUUUUCCCUCAUCUCCAGGGAAAAUGGGCCCUGGUGGGAAUCCAAACCCAGCUCCAAGCAGGGCAGGAGCUGGGACUGAUCCCAGCCUUCCAAGGAAAAUAUUCCUCUCUCAGAAUUCCCUCUGCCCGGAGACCUCUGGAAAAAAAAAAAUCCAUGAAUUCUCCACAAUCCAUUAAAAAAAAUCCCUGGUGAGGUUCAUCUGCCCUGGGCUUGAGGGAAACUUUAAAAAGAGAGAGGAAUUAAAGGCUCAGAUCCAUAAUUUUGGGAAUCACUCCAAGGGCUUGGAAUGCAGGCCCAGCAGCACCAGGAAAGGAGUGAAGCUCCUCCUGCCCAGUUUUUUUUUCCAGGGAAUUUGCUUUAGGAGCCACUGGGAACCUCACAAAGCAGCUGAAGUUUGUGGGAAGAAAAACUACCGGGAAUGGGAUUAAUCCCAAUCCAAGACAAAUCCCUGAGUCCUCCCUGAGUGCCCAUUUCUCCUGGCUGAUCCAGGAUUCAGCCAGGAUCGGGAUAUUUGCUUUUCAUGGAUGUGGGAUGGGCAGGGACCUCCUGAGCCACUGUGAGCUCAGGAAUUCCAAGAGGGAGCCCAACCUCUGGCAUUCCCAUUUUUUCCCUCUUCCCUCUUUUUCCCAAAGCAGGCAGAGGGAGUUGAGCGGCUCCAAGUGCUUCCUCUAAAUCCAACGGGAUUGGGAGGAGCGGCUCUGACACCUCUGGGAUGGACCAGGAAAAACAAACGUGAAGAUGUCUGGGAAAAGAAGAUGGAAAAAAACCCCUGGAAUUAUGGACAUUAUGGGAUGAGGAGAGGGAAACCUCUGGAUGCUCAGGAACAGGAGGAUGGGAAGGGCAGAAUUCCCAGGUGGCACAAAUUCCCAAGUUUUAUUUUUGUAUAAUAAAAGUGUCUCAAUGCCGUGAAAUUCGGGAUCUUUCUCCUGGGAAGAAGGAAACCUUGGGAAUGGCAGGGAAAGGUGGGAAUAUUAAAUUCCCUGGGACCUUCAGGAAUUCCCACCUUCUCUUCCACUUGGGAAUUCCCUGGGGUCUUUAGGAAUUCCUACCUUCUCCUCCACUUGGGAAUUCCCUGGGCAGGUUAAAAGGAGCCAUCCCAAAAUCUCCAAGAAAAAAAAAAAAUAGGGAUUCAAUCCAGGCUUCUCCCUAAAAAACACUGCUUCCAAUUCCACGAGGAGCUCGGAGCUGCAGCUUUUGGAAUUCCAACAGGAGGCGUGGAAAUCCUGGAAGAGGGAUUCUAAAUCCCAGGAUUUUGGUCCCAUGGAGACAUGGACACAGGGAGGGCUCCUGUCCAAUGGAAUCUCUUCCACGGGACAAUCCCUGGGAAAGGUUACAGGACUUCCAAGGGGAAAAUGGGAUUUACGAAAAGAUUUCCAUGAAAUUUGGUAAAACUGAGGUUUCCCAGGUUUCUGAGUUCCCAGAUUUCAGAUUUCCCGGGAUUCGGGGUUGGCUCUUUGCUCCUGGGAGCACAGGUAGGAAAUCCCAGGAUUCUCCUCACCCACAAAAUCCCAGGAUUCUCCUCACCCACAAAAUCCCAGGCACUGAGGAGGGAGGAGCAGAGAUUUGGGGAUUUUCCUUCCUUUUUCCUCCCUCCCACCAAAAAAAAAAAAAAAAAAAAACCUGGAAUUUUGUAAACCUCGGCAAGGAGCCACUUCCAGAGUGACAAUUCCAGCCUCUCCUCCUGAAAUCCUGGUCUGUCCUGAGAUCUCCUUGGGAAAACGCUCCAGAAAAAUGUUCCCUGGGAGAAGCAACAAAACAUUCCCAGUGGGAAAAGUGGCGUCACCCGGAAGGGAGGGGUUGGACUUUUCCACAGGGCUUGGGAAUGAGUGGAAUUCCAAGAAACAUUCCCACAUUUUCCUGUUUUCCUGGUUUCCCGGUGAGAAUUUACCCAGGAAUGCUGAAGGAUGCUGACCUUGGGAUGCUGCAGCCUCGGGAAUUCAACACCCCAGGAAAUAUGGAAUGAGUGGAAUUCCAGCCCCAGGGAAUUGAGAUUAUCCAGGGAAAUAAAGGAUUUGAAAUAAUCUGGGGGGAAAAUGUCAUUCCCAAAUUAAACGGGAAAAAUAAUCAGGGAAACGGAGACUUGGAUGAGCCAACAGAUUUUCUGGCUGGAAAAUAAAAUCAUGGAAUGGUUUGGAUUGAAGGAAAUUUAAGGAUUAUCCAAUUCCAGCCUUGCCAUGGGCAGGGAAUCUUCCACUAUCCCAGGCUGCUCCAAGCCCUGUCCAGCCUGGCCUUGGACAUUCCAGGGAUCCAGGGGCAGCCACAGCUGCUCUGGGAAUUCCA